UCACAAAUCAGUAAACCGAAUGCCCAACCUCUUGGCCAGCCCAACUAAAGCCUCUCCCUCGCGCCAUCCAGAAGGCGCCGCCUGAUGCGAGAAAUGGGUCUGGCGUGAUUCUAGUUUCUGGGCUCUACAGGAGUCUCCCUCAAUUGAGUGCUUGUAUAUUUGUGGGUUUUUCUUGUUCUUCAGCUUCGUGUGUGGUGGAAGCUUCCGAUGGAGAACGAUUGCGCGCUUUCAUCUCCAACCCCAAAACGGUCGUCUCUGAAAUCUCAAUCGCAUUUUAACACUUACCCUCUUUGGAAAGACAAGUUGAGGGAGAACUGUUACAAAAGGGUGCGCGAGGAUAGGAAUCGUUUGCUUUGGAAAAUGAGGUUGCCCACUGCUAAAUCUCUUGGUGACAAGGAUUUUAUCAAAUCUGCUUUCCAGGACAUAGUUUCCGAUGAGCUGAAAAAAAUUACACACUCAUCAGGAGAUGACAAUUCCCAAAUCCCAACUUCUGGCCUUGAUGCAAGUGAUAUUUUGUGGGAAUACGACGGUCUUCACAAUGCUUAUCAAGGUGAAUGUGAGGAGAUAUUGUUAGAGAUGCAAAGGAUAUUCUAUGAAGAUCUCAGGGCAGAACCAACUAGAAAAGAACCUGAAAACCAUAUUGCAACCUGGGAGGAUGAAGAAGAUGAGUACUUGGCUCGUGCUGUUUAUGAGCACAUGCACUUGAAUGAUAAGCAGGUGCACAAGGAAACUUGGUGUCCCAUCUGUAAGCAAGGACAGCUGCAAGAGAGCCAUCAACUCAUAUAUUGCAGUCUUUGUGAACUUGAACUCUUCAAAGACGAUGAGGUUAAUUUGGACAUACUGACGACUCGGUUGGCAGAAGCCCAUACAGAACAUCUUGAUCGUGGCUGUAAAUUGAGACCCAAGUUUUGUAUCGAAACUAGAUUUGGUUUAACUGCAUUAUACAUCCACUGUGAGGUUUGCAAAAUUUUCGAGGUUGUAAUGUAGAUUCUUUUUCUCAUACUACUCGAAGAAAGAAAUAGAAUCGGUAAAUAACUAUUAAAUUUUUUUGCACGACUA